AUCCCGCACUAGCGCGCCUAGCGACGGACGUGCUUUUUACGACAGUAGUGCACUUCUUUACGGCGUCUGCCGACACGUGUGUUUAGAGAGUAGCGUGCAGGCCGAGUGCGUCUCGGAGCGGUUUGUGUAAAUGUCUUUCCGUGGUGGCGUGGGAAGAGGGGGUCGUGGCGGGUCGUUCAGCCGAGGCGGGGGUGGGAGAGGCGGAGGGGGCUUUGGAAGGGGAGGCUUCCGUGGCGGCGGCCGAGGUGGAUUCAAUAACAGACAGGAUUUCGGCCCUCCGGAGUACGUGGUUGCUCUCGGUGAGUUCGUGCACCCCUGUGAAGACGACAUAGUGUGUAAGUGUGUGACGGAGGACAACAAGGUGCCUUACUUCAACGCUCCCGUGUACCUGGAGAACAAGGAGCAGAUCGGGAAGGUGGACGAGAUAUUCGGGCAGCUCCGUGACUUUUACUUUUCAGUCAAACUCUCUGAGAACAUGAAGGCCUCAUCAUUCAAGAAGCUCCAGAAGUUUUACAUCGACCCAGCAAAGCUGUUGCCCCUCCAGAGGUUCCUGCCCCGGCCGCCGGGCGAGAAGGGCCCUCCCAGGGGGGGUAGAGGGGGUAGCAGGGGCAGGGGACGAGGAGGUGGGUUCCAGGGGGCUCGGGGUGGUUGGCGUGGUGGAAGCUUUGGAGGUGGUCGAGGAGGCGGCGGCUUCAGAGGAGGAAGAGGAGGGGGCCGUGGGUUCAGAGGUGGGAGGUGAGAUUGCGGCUGGCUGGUCUCUUAUUCAGGCGUCAGAGGAGGCGCAGGGAGCAGCAGAUAUCGGAGGAUGAUGGUUCUGUUUCUACAUUGUAUUGACUGGUGCUUCACUCCUUUACAGCAGAACUUGAUUUUUUAACUUUUUAUAUAUCUGGUGUGUGUGUGUGCGUCUAGUGCUAAAUCCUCCUGUUUGAACACAUUUGUAUCCAGGAAAAGUCACUCUUCAUCAGUGACCGAUGGAUUCUGUCCAGACUUAAGAGUGUUUUUGUCUUUAUGGCCGAGUAAAUCAGAAGAAAUAUGACCACCACCACACCUUUUUUUUAUAUAAUGCGAAAACAUUCUUGCCCAGUGACAGGUGUUUUGUUCCAGUUCUGGACGGAUAAAUGGAGGCGUGACUAUAAUGUUUAGUCACUGUGGGUUAUUCCUUAUUCAUUGUCACCCACUGUACAGUAACACUGUUGCUCUGCCAUACAGAAUAAAAGAUGUACAAAGUACAUUUAGUUUUUGGUAUUUAAAAGCUUCACUGGGAAUAUAAAUGUUUCUAAUUGUUUUUGUGUCUUAUAAACUAUAUAAAGUGGAUUCCUUCAGGAGCAGAAA